CAAACAUGUAGAUAGAUCCCCACGUAACCAAAGAGUUUCGAGCUACCUAAGGUACCUAGGGCAAGUAUUAGCACGUGGUUCUGGGUAGUGUCUCGUGCCCGAAACCACAAAGACCAGUCCAAUAUCAAAUCCGGGUCCUACAAAUAGGCUCCCAUCUGGGAGACCGAGGUCAAAUAUUUAUUCUAUUUCAACACAACCACGGUCCACAGCUUUACAUAAAUAAAGCUCACUCGCUGCCUAUUCUCCACUUAUCACUUCGUAACAAGCCUCAAAGAUCAAAAUCCAGGAAAAAUCACCCCACUCAAACAACAUGAUGCUCUUCCAUUCUAUCUUCAAUUUUUUUCGUCGAUGUUUUUUUAAGCACACAGUGGACGAAGCCGACAAACCUGGGACUACUCCACUCGAUAACCAAGACGGAAACACGAAGCUGGAACGCAAUACGGGUACCGCAGCGGAAUCCGAUCCCGGCAACAAUAUCGAUACUCAACUACAACAAUCGCAUGCCGCUGAGAGACUGAGUUGGACCUCCGUACUGUGCAGAAUAGGCCUCGUGGAAUGCGCUCGUCACAGGGCAGAGACACAUAAACGUGAUGAGCAUCAGGACCAGGCUACAAGCGGGGUAACUGUAUCGGCGGGUCUCGGUCAAACGAUCGUGGUAAAGAUAGGGGUGGUUCAUGCUCCUUAUCCAGACCAAAGGUACUACGAUCAACUUGCACUAUAUUCGGCUAUCUACCCGCCAGAACUUGCAUUUGCUAUGGCGAGUCUGGCGAUGUACGCAUACGAUUGAGAAAUUGAGGAGAGAUUGGAGGCAAGGCGGAUAGACAAUGAGUGUCUGAUGCGUGGUGAGAUAAAGAUAGAAUCAUUGUCAGGCAGAGCCUGCCUCAAACCUGCUUCAGGCACACGUACUUAGUUACAGUAAGCAAUCGCUCAAUAGUAGCUCCCCAAGCCUAGACUGAAUAGAUCGUCCUUCACCUCCG